GCUUCGGAUUUUGGCUAUCUCACCAAUUCUCCCUUAAUAUUAGAGGAGAAAGAAAAAAACAUUUUCACCAACUUUGUCUUCUCCAUUAUCUCUCUACCAAAUCUCGCAGAGAAAUAACAAAACCGAAGCUUAAUAGAGAAAGAGAGAGUGAGAGAGAGAUAAGAACCCGAUUUUGUUAUAAGAUGGAUAAAAGCUCUAACUCCUCCGCCUUAUCAGCUACCGCAGCGAGUAGCACCUGUAACAACAAAGAUCAUCAUUACCUAAGACAACUCAACAAGCUUUCACACAAGAUAUCAAAACCAACACCAACCUCCUCCUUCUCCGUCUCCGCCGCACUGAAUCAAGAAAAUAGUCACCAACCGCUUCCUCCUCCUCCUCCUCCGCAACCGCCGAUGAAUCAUCAGCCUCCGGUUUACAACAUCAACAAGAACGAUUUCAGAAACGUCGUUCAGAAACUCACCGGCUCCCCUGCUCACGAACGAAUCUCUUCUCCUCCUCCGCCGCGGCAGCAGAGUUCGCGUCUGCACAGGAUCCGUCCUCCUCCGCUGGCUCACGUUAUCAACCGCCCUCCUAGUGACGCUCAUCGUCGUAACUCGAGCGGUGUAUAUGUCCCUAGACCAACGGCUGCGCCGCUUUCUCCUCUCCCUCCGCUUCCUCCGGUUCACGCGGCGGCGGAAUCUCCGGUGUCGUCCUACAUGCGUUACCUUCAGAGCUCGAUGUUCUCUGGACUAUUAUCGCCUUUGGCUCCUUUGGUCUCGCCGAGCUUACUGUUAUCGCCAACGUCAGGUCAGGUAGGGUUUCAGGUGUCUCCGACCACGGUGCCGCUUCCUAGUCCUAAAAAAUUCAAAGGUCACUGAUCAAAAAUGCAAAGCUCAUUUGUCGGAUGGAAUUUUUUAAAAGUUGUCGUUUAUAUACAUCAUUAGUUUUCUUUUUCGAAAAUUAAAUUACUUUGAGUCUUUGUUUUCUUUACUUUGUUUUGUUCAUGUUAGAAAAACAGACAAAGGAAAAGAAAGGAAUACACUUUUGCAACUCC